GGGGGGCGGCGGCGCCCUUCCCCUCCCCGGAGGGCGGAGCAGGCCGAGCGGGGGCGCUCCUUCCCGGGGACCGGCCGGAGAGAGAGCCCCAGAUCGAUCGAUGGAUCGAUUUUCUGGGUUUCGAAGCGGGAGGCGCGCGCGCGUGUCCCCGGCGUCAGAGAAGGAAGGAUGAUGGCCCUGCUGUGGUCUUGGCGUCGCUCUGCCUGCUUAGGAUGGACCCAGUGGUUCUCAGUUACAUGGACAGUUUGCUGAGAGAGUCGGACGUCCUCUUGCUCGACCCCCCUUGCUGGCUGAACGACCACGUCAUCGGCUUUGCCUUCGAGUACUUUGCGGGCGACCAGUUCCGGGACUUUGCCGACCAGGUGUGCUUUGUGGGGCCCGAGGUGGCUCAGUUCAUCAAGUGCACCUCCAGCCCAGAGGAGCUGGCCCUGUUCCUGGAGCCGCUGGGCCUCCCCCGCAAGAGGGUGGUCUUCCUGCCCAUCAACGACCACGCCAGCCAGGGGGCCGGGGGCAGCCACUGGAGCCUGCUUGUUUACCUCCGAGACCAGGGCCGCUUUGCGCACUACGACUCCCACCCCGAGAGCAACUCGGCCCACGCCAGGAGGGUGGCGGGCAAGCUGGAGCCCUUCCUGGGCCAAAGGGGCCGGGCAGCCUUCGUGGAGGAGGCGGCCCCCUCCCAGCAGAACAGCUACGACUGCGGGAUGUACGUCAUCUGCAACGCGGAGGCCUUGUGCCGGGAACUCUUCCAGGGCCAGGAGGAAGAGCCAGGCCUGCCACUCCUCACACCCGCCUACAUCACACGCAAGAGGGAAGAGUGGAAGGGACUCAUUGCCAGGCUUUCUCGGAAGUGAGGGGCUACCCUCAGCUUGCGGGGACGGGGGGGGAGGCAGGCGGGGGGGGAGCCUUCUGCUUUUGCCUCCUCCUCUGCUGUGAACUGGAACAGAGCCUGCGCCUGAGAAAAGGGCCAGGUGGCUUCCCAAAGGUCUUGGCAGGUGGGCCUCUUGCCCCCCCCCUUUCCCAACCACACCGGCAGCAUUUUCCACCACGUGCAGAGCUCGGCAUCCAUCUGUCUGUCACGAGGCUUUAGCCAUGUCAGCCGUGCGGGACCUUUUGCUGCCUGUCUCUUGAGGCUUCUGCGGCGGCUUCCAAAGCCACGUCCUGCCCUCGGGAAGGGAGGCCAGGGGACAUUUCUGCUGCAGGAGGAAUGUGAGGGUCUCCUCGCGCUUGAGGGGGAAAGGGAAGCCUUUGCCUUCUUCUCUGAAAGAAGGGGUGGUCGGAACAGGGCGGCCUGUCCCGUUAAGCUUCCCUAGGGCGGGCCCACCUUUUUGCCCCAGAAGGCAAGAGCAAGUGGGAGGGGGGGAAUCCUCCACAUCCUCCCCUCUCCAGAAGCUCCCCUGAGAGGCUCCUGCACCGUUCCCUUUUCCAAAAAAGAGGGAGCACCUCCUGCUUUUCGCUCUGUGGUCUUAUCGCCUGGCCACCUCCUCCUGCCAAGCAAGCUCCAGGUUCUGGAGGAACACACACACCCCCCCAGUGGGUGGCCUCGCUGUGAGAGGGGCGCGGCCCACAAGGCCGAAUCCAGCUUCUUUUUCCUGUUGGCUCCCCACCUCGGUCCUUGUUCCUUCACCUCCGGAAGGCUCUCCUCCUGCCUUUGGCGCCCCUGUUGCCAGAAGCUGUGCCAGGAAGGCAGCCGUCUGCCUUGAAGUCACAAGUUCUUCUGGCCUGUGAUGACAUUAUUGGGCCAGGAGAGCUUGAAUCAUCUUCUCGGGUGCCCCGAGAAGAGAGCGUGGUCUGUUUGCUCUUUGUUCUGUUUGGAGAACCUUCAACCCAACAAAUAAAAGGAAAUUUCAAUUCAAAA